AUGACUAUCAAGGACCUCCUUUUCGCCGUUCUCUUGGCGUUUGUUCUUAUCAAGGUUUCUUUUCUCGAACACCAUGCGGCCCAUGAUUCAAUGGUUCGCAAACAAGCCGGCGUGAUGCUCGUCGAUCUCGCCCAUGUGCAUCAGGAGGAGAUUCAAGACCUCCAAUACUUUAGUGACAUUGUCAAUGAUGAGCUGGAUACCAUCACGGACAAGAUGUCUCAUUGGGAAGCUCAGCCUCUUUGGAUGGCACUCAGCCACACGUUCCCCGAAUGGUUCCACGUUCCUGCUACCUACCACAACCACGGCAACAAAACACGUCCCGGUCGUAAAGGCAACUUCCAACAUGCCUAUGACGACGUGCUCUCCCUCUUUGAUAUGGAGCCGGCUCCGCAUCCUUUGGAAACUGCUCUGGAGCUUGUCAGCCUCAAAUGCCACACUUUGUUCACUGCCGCAAGCAAACAAUGGCAUGACACACUUGCCAGUGCGCAGGGCCCCUACAACUCUGCCAUUUCCAUUGCCCAAUCCUGGCUGUCCCGCACAUUCUUUCCGCAUGCGCCUCCAUCCACCAAAACUUCCGAAAUCGAGCUGGAGGCGGUGCCAAUUGUCCCGGCUGAAUGGGAGAUGGACAGAGCUGUGUAUGAAGGCAACCACUGUGGAGGAUUCUGUUACAAUCUACCGGACGGUGCCGAGAUUCGGACGGCCUACAAAGUUUUUGGCGUCCGGCGAGAGAUUGUCUUUGUCGGUGUUGGGUUUACGUUUGUGGAAUGGGUCCCCAAGGCAACACCUCCGUCUUCUUCUUGGUGGGACACUGCGAACCUAGCAGACUUUUGCAACGGCAUCCCCCAGGUUGCGCGCUCUCUUUCUCAUGAGAUCUCUGCGAUCCUCACUGGCUUUUCCAACGACGUCCUCCAGACCGCACACUCUAAUUCUCGUUUCAUGGCGGACCUGAUAUUCAUGGUUGCGUUGUGUACAGUGUUUGUGGUUUUCUUCUGGAUGUAUUGGCGGAUUACAAGCAUCGAUCAAGAAUUGCCGCAACUUUUGCCUAUCAACGAAGGCCGCGAGCUCAUUGACGAUUACUUCCUGUACUGCAUUCAGUUGUAUGGGAUUACGUGGAUAAGUCUCCUGGGUACGACUGACUGUUGGGCACGGCUCGCGGGCCCUUUGAGUCGCUUGGGCAUGUCUCGCUUUGGUUUAUCGCUCACUGGCCUUUUGAAAAUGUGGAAAAAGCUCAGUUUGCAACGGCACCCUGACAAACGAAAAGGGGAAACAACCAAGCAACAGCAUAUCAACAGUGUUAAAGAAACCGUCCAAGGUUUCUACCGUGAGCUCGAGGUUGGGGAUACUGAAUCCCUGCGCAGGGUUUGGAGAGGCACCAAGACCCGUUGGUUUCGUGAUCUGAAUCAAGACGCUGAAACGAGUCUCGACCAGCUCCAGGAAUUGCUAAAUUACGACGACUUUCAAAACAAGCAGCAAAGCAUCCGUCAGGCAAGGCUCAACCCGACAACACCACAGGAAUGUGUUACUGCAUGUCUGCUGCGAGUUUUUAUUAUUCCAAGCAUUCCACGCUACUAG